UCAACAAAUCAGGAACCGCCUCUGAGAUCCCUCGCCCCCUCUUCGUCUUGCGGUGGUCCCCUCUCUCGUCGCCGGCGACGCCCCUCUGACCGCCACGUGUCCGUCCACGCCCUCCUUACGUUGCUCUGCAGGAACUCUUGAAACCUGACUCCCAAAGGGGAAAAAAUCCACAAAUAUCUUGUUAAUGGCUGAAGAUAAUUCGGGUGCUGAUUCACCAAGACGAAGGCCAGGUCUUCUAAGAGACCAGGUCCACCUGGUGAAGAGAAAGGGCCGUAGUCGAUAUGAAAUUGUUCCAAUUCAAGAUGCUCUGUCAUUUGAAAAAGGUUUCUUUAUAGUGAUCCGUGCUUGCCAAUUGUUGGCACAGAAGAACGAGGGAAUUAUUUUGGUUGGACUUGCCGGUCCCUCUGGGGCUGGGAAGACGGUGUUUACUGAGAAAGUACUGACUUUCAUGCCAAGCAUUGCAGUCAUAUCAAUGGACAACUACAAUGUUGCAAGUCGAGUCGUUGAUGGCAAUUUUGACGAUCCACGCCUAACAGAUUAUGACACAUUGCUCGAAAAUAUUCGUGAUCUGAAGGAAGGGAAAUCCGUUCAGGUUCCAGUAUACGAUUUUAAGUCAAGCAGCCGCAUAGGAUACAGGACAGUUGAAGUUCCUAGCUCUCGGAUAGUCAUUAUUGAGGGAAUUUAUGCAUUGAGUGAUAAGUUGCAGCCUGUAUUAGACUUGCGUGUCUCUGUGACUGGCGGCGUACAUGUUGACCUUGUGAAAAGGGUUUUACGGGACAUACAGCGUGCUGGCCAAGAACCAGAAGAAAUCAUUCAGCAAAUUUCUGAAACGGUGUAUCCUAUGUACAAGGCGUUUAUUGAACCAGAUCUGCAAACUGCACACAUAAAAAUUAUCAACAAAUUCAAUCCUUUCAGCGGUUUCCAGAAUCCUACGUACAUUUUAAAGUCACCAAGGAUGUUGUCAGUGGAUCAGAUCAAGGCUGUUUUUUCCAAUGAGCUCAGAGAGCAUACAGAGGAGACUUACGAUAUGUAUCUACUGCCACCAGGUGAAGAUCCUGAAGCUUGCCAGUCCUAUCUAAGAAUGCGAAAUAGGGAUGGGAAGUAUAAUCUCAUGUUUGAGGAGUGGGUAACAGACAACCCAUUCAUCAUAUCUCCACGGAUUACUUUUGAAGUUAGUGUACGGCUGCUUGGUGGUUUGAUGGCCUUGGGAUAUAGCAUUGCAGCUAUUCUGAAAAGAAGCAGCCAUGUGUUUUCUGAUGAAAGAGUGACUGUGAAAAUUGAUUGGUUGGAACAACUGAAUCGACGUUAUAUUCAGGUGCAAGGAAGAGAUCGGCAGUUUGUUAAAGAUAUGGCUGAGCAAUUGGGCUUGGAAGGUUCUUACAUUCCUCGUACUUACAUUGAGCAGAUUCAACUAGAAAAGCUUGUGAAUGAAGUUAUUGCUCUGCCUGAUGAUUUGAAGACAAAACUUAGCAUUGAUGAUGAACUGGCAUCAAGCCCAAAAGAAGCACUUUCCCGAGCCUCAGCUGAUAGAGUUGCCAUGAGAAAUAAGAAUCUUAAUAGUGGUUUAUCUCAUUCAUAUUCAACUCAAAGAGACAAGCAUAUUGCUAAGCUGGCCAGACUAACAGUUGGCACGAGAAGAUACGAAGGAAGAAACCCAGACUUACCUGCAAUCAAUCAGGGAGCGAUUACUCAACUCUCAGAUCAGAUAUCCACAUUGAACGAAAGAAUGGACGUUUUCACUUCCAUAAUUGAGGAACUGAAUUCCAUGUUUAGCAUGCAGAAGCGUUCUAUAAGCCAGCAAAAUCUCCCUCUUCAAGGUGAAGUGUGCAAUGGCUCGGCACCCACGUCUCUAUUCAUGUUCAGCUUGGGCAAUGGGACCCUGAUACCUAAUUCAUCAUCGUCCACACAACUGAGUAAAGAUUCCCCAUUGUUGGAAGAGAUCAUGACCGUUACAAGAACUCAGCGUCAAAUGAUGCAUCAGUUGGAUAAUCUAUCAAAAUUGGUUCAUGAAAGCUUGGCUCAUCAGCUUACCCACCAAAAAAGAAGCGAUACAAGCCGCAUACUCUGUCUGGAUUCAGUUGGAAAACCCCUUCUUCUCGUUGUCGCAGCAGGCGGCCUCGGUUUUUUCCUGUUGAAGAGUUUAUCUAGGACUUGAAUCAACUAAUUU